GUCAUUUGGCGCCUUUUAUAUCCUUCAUUAUUCUCAUUCCUCAACUUCACCUCCAGCUUCACAUGAUCAAUCUUAAUGUUAAGCUCCUCAGCUUCAGAUUUCCGCUUCUGGUUCCAACUUCAUCUCCAUUCCAAAUCCCUAUCAUUUUCCUUCUCCGCACUCACUCUCUUCCUCAUCACAAAGACAAACCCACCAAUUGGAACGCAUCUCACGCCCUCAUUCAAUCCAAGCCACUUCUCUUCCUCCUCGAAAAAUGCACUUCCAUGGCGCAGAUGAAGCAAGUUCAAGCCCAGAUGAUUUCGACCGGCUUCAUCUCAGAUGGGUUUGCCCUCAGUCGCCUCGUCGCGUUCUGUGCGAUAUCGGAGUGGCGAAAUCUUGACUAUUGUGACAAAAUUCUCGACAAUGCGGAGAACCCCAACGUUUUCUCUUGGAAUGUGGCGAUUAGGGGUUAUUCCGAGAGUGAAAAUCCCAGAAAUGCUGUUCUUAUGUACAGGAAAAUGCUGAGGAAAGGUGGAUCGACUCCUGAUAAUUAUACUUAUCCUCUGUUGUUCAAAGCUUGUGCUGGUUUAUCAUUGGGUUUCACGGCUGGUGAGAUUCUUGGGCAUGCUCUACAGUUGGGUUUUGAUUCGGAUUUGUUUGUGCACAAUGCGAUCAUUCAUGUGCUGGUUUCAUGUGGAGAAUUGUUGGCUGCACGUAAGGUGUUCGAUGAAAGUCGUGUGAGAGAUUUGGUUUCUUGGAACUCCAUGAUCAAUGGAUAUGUUAGGUGUGGGCUGGCAAAUGAAGCAUUGAAUCUUUAUUAUAAGAUGGAGGAACUGAAAGUGAUGCCAGAUGAGGUCACAAUGAUUGGAGUUGUUUCAGCUUCUGCCCAGCUAGAGGAUUUAACUCUUGGAAGAAAGCUUCAUCAAUUCAUUGAAGAGAUGGGUUUAAAUUUGACCGUUCCACUUACGAAUUCAUUGAUGGAUAUGUAUAUUAAGUGUGGGAAUAUUGAGCCUGCAAAGACAUUGUUUGAGAACAUGACAAAGAAAACUAUUGUUUCAUGGACUACAAUGGUUGUUGGAUAUGCCAAAUUUGGGUUGUUGGGAAGUGCUAUGAGGCUGUUCAAUGAGAUGCCAGAGAAGGAUGUUGUGCCAUGGAAUGCUCUAAUUGGUGGCUUUGUUCAAGCCAAGCGUAGUAAGGAGGCUUUGGCUCUGUUUCAUGAAAUGCAAGCCAGCAAUGUUGAACCGGACGAGAUUACUGUCGUUAGUUGUUUGUCUGCAUGCUCUCAACUUGGAGCACUUGAUGUUGGAAUUUGGAUGCACCAUUAUGUUGAAAAACAUAAUCUUUCUGUGAACGUUGCCUUAGGGACUGCUCUAGUUGACAUGUAUGCUAAGUGUGGGAACAUAAAAAGGGCUCUACAGGUUUUCCGGGAGAUGCCAGGAAGAAACUCAUUGACUUGGACAGCUACAAUUUGUGGUUUAGCACUUCAUGGACAAUCACAUGCUGCCGUAACUUACUUCUCAGAGAUGAUUGGCAUUGGACUGAUGCCAGAUGAGAUCACUUUCCUUGGGGUCUUAUCAGCUUGUUGUCACGGUGGACUGGUCGAUAAAGGUCGAGAGUAUUUUUACCAAAUGAGCUCCAAAUAUGGUGUCUCCCCAAACCUUAAGCAUUAUUCUUGUAUGGUGGACCUUCUAGGUAGGGCUGGCUUCUUGGAAGAGGCGGAAGAGCUUAUUAAGAGCAUGCCUUUCAAGGCAGAUGCCGUAGUGUGGGGAGCAUUGUUCUUUGGCAGCCGCAUUCAUGGAAAUGUUCAAAUGGGAGAAAGAGCAGCUUCUAAGCUUCUUGAGUUGGAUCCUCAUGAUAGUGGAAUUUAUGUUUUGCUUGCAAAUAUGUAUGGCGACGCUAAUAUGUGGGAGCAGGCAAGGAAGGUGAGAAAGAUGAUGGAAGAAAGAGGGGUGGAGAAAACACCUGGUUGCAGUUCAAUUGAAAUGAAUGGUGUAGUUUUUGAGUUUAUAAUUCGUGACCAAUCACAUCCUCAAUCAGAGAAAAUUUAUGAGUGUUUGACUCGAUUAACAAGACAGCUCGAACUUGUUGAGGAUGAAACUUCUUCAUUGAAAGAACUUUCCUCUUGGUGCUGAUCUAGGUUGCCAUAUUUGAGUUAAGAAACCUACUAAGCUCUCUCUCACAAGCUUGUGCUCAAGGAUGUUUCCAAGAGAAAAUUCAAAUCUUGAUGAUGAGACAUGAUUAUGCUACAAAGAUCGUCACUAGAAAACUUUCUAGUUACCUCUUAAGGAUGUCCUGAUGGUAAGGACUUGGAAUGUUAGAGAUACCCAUCGAAAAGUCCUGGGUUUAAGCCUCCAAGUUGAGAAUUUUAACUUAAAACCAUUGAUACCUCCCUAGCUAUCUUUGUGUCAAGCCUCUCUGCAGGUCAGUGGAAGGUGGGUAUUAGCAUUAUACAAGUGGUGGGGACCCUCCGACAUGCCCCGGUUCAAAACAUAACAGUUAUUAAAAGAAAGCUUUCUAGUCUAGAAGCGACUAUGAUGAGAAGUGAUUCUCUUCAUUACAUUGAGAUUAUGGUCUCCCUCUCAGUCCAGAAAGCUUCCACAAAAAAGAUCAGCAGUAGAAGAUUCUUCUGAAUGUUAUAUUGGAAGCAUGGCAUCUACUUGGCAAGAGAAGAACAUCAAACAGAAAUGAAAUGCAAACCAGAGAUGGCCUGUUAACUGCUAAGGGUGCCCACGGGAAGGAAGGAAGGGCUUUGAGAUUCAUGUUGUGAGAAUGGUCUUUGGUGCUGUGAAAUGCAUAGAGAUCGAAAAGAACAUCAAUGACGAAAGUACUCUGGUGGGCCGAUAUUGAUACCAAGAGAUGAAAGCUAGGGAAGCAGAUGGGAUAAGACAUCCUAGCAAUUCUUAGCCACAACCAAUGGAUACUAGACGUUUUGUGUAUCAAUGUCGUAGCUAGUAUCCUAUCUAGAGAGUACGUUCCCAAGAAUGAAACACAAAGGAUUGACGGGGUCUGCAUGAUAUCCCUGUAUUCCGAUGGAUGUCGAAGAUCUCAGAAAUGAAUUCUGAAAAGGGAGAGGAUUCUCGGAAGAUGAUGAAAAUGUCAUAUGUCAUUCUAAAACCAUUUAGCACAAGGUAAGUUAUUUAUUGCAAUAAAUCAAUUGCCAAGAUGCGUGGAGCCGUAAACUCCUGUAUUUUACAUGAUUUUUCAGAAUAUAGUUACAGUUCCUUUUGAUGCUCCAAGUCUUGUAUAUAAUCAAAUUAGAAGCCAUUUUGUGUUAUAUUUAAGGGAUUUUUGGG